AUCUGUACAGUAAGUAGAUAACAAGUUCAAGUGUGUAACUGUGUAUAUUAACUGGAAAUCUACGUUGUUGUGUUGUCUCCCGAGACUUUGGUUAUCUGUCUCAUUCUCACUCUCACUCUCUCAUUGGCCUUCUCUAUAUAAAGCUCACAGGUCGAGAGAGACAAGGAGACACUACACAAACGAUCAGACAGUUUGAGUAGAAAGAGAUCCGUCGGAAAAUGGAGAAUAUCGACCAAGAAUUCAACAAUUACUGGGAACACAACUCCUUCCUCCAAAACGAAGACUUCGAAUACGACAGCUGGCCUUUGGAGGAAGCUAUUUCUGGGUCGUAUGAUUCGAGCUCGCCUGAUGGGGCGGCUUCGUCGCCGGCUUCUAAGAAUAUUGUAUCGGAGAGAAACAGAAGACAGAAACUUAACCAGAGACUCUUCGCUCUUCGAUCAGUUGUUCCUAAUAUCACUAAGAUGGAUAAAGCAUCAAUAAUCAAAGAUGCUAUUAGUUACAUACAAGGGUUACAAAAUGAAGAAUCGAAGCUCGAAGCUAAGAUCAGAGAACUUGAAUCUACACCGAAGAGUAGCUUGAGUUUCAGUAAAGAUUUUGAUCCUGAUUUACUGGUUCCUGUCACGUCCAAGAAAAUGAAACAGCUUGAUUCUGGUUCUUCCCGUUCUCUCAUCGAAGUUAUCGAACUGAAGGUAAAAUCCAUGGGAGAGAGGAUAAUGGUGGUGAAUGUAAAAUGUAAUAAGAGGACAGACACAAUGGUGAAACUGUGUGAAGUCUUUGAGUCAUUGAAUCUGAAAAUCCUUACUUCCAAUCUCAACUCUUUCUCUGGCAUGAUCUUCAACACUCUUUUUAUUGAGGCACAAGCACUAAUCAUUACGAGGCCCGCAAGAUCUACGUUUUCUUACCACUUAAGGCACCCGGAUAGCCAAGGGAAAUCGAACCCAGCGUGGUACUCACAGCAGUGAGCCCUUUACCACUAGACCAAAACCACUUGAUUAUUAUUUUUAAUACCUUACACAAGUAAUAUAUUUUAUUUUUAUUUUAAAUUUAGUUUUUGUUAUAAAUUAAAUAUUUUCAUUUAAAAGUAUAACAAUUUUUGAAAAAUAUUUUGAAAAUAUAUUUUAUUAACAAAUAUAUUUAUAUUUCAUACGUCGUAUAAUCCAAACAAACUUCAAAUUUUCUAUGUAUAAUCCAAACAAACUUCAAAUUUUCUAUAAUACUAGUGUUUUUGAAAACUGGAACGAACCAGCCGAUUAAACUAGGCGAACUAUAGCUCAUUCCUCUAUCCGGUUACGGCUAUGUUAAAAUUGUAUUUAAAUCAAAAUAGUAAAAAAAGUAAAAUUUGUAAAAAC